ACUGAAAUUACGAUGGCUACAUUAGAUAACAAGAUAUGGUUGCUCAAAAACAUAAGAGACGCGUUCAUAGCCACGGACGAUACGGGUUUGUGCGAGAUAGUUAUGGCUGGGGAGGAUUUUUCAAAGAUUUUCCAAGCGAAAGCGGCAGAUGAGAGGAUCAGGUUGAAGGAUGAGAGGUUGUGCCGGCCGAGCACGAGCCACGGGCGGGACGGUAUGGGCAACAUCUCGGAGGACGAGGACCAGGAGAUCGUGACUCAGUUCGACGCAUAUCCUCAGAUGGAAGACAGUGAGGAGGACGAUCUCAUGAGCGGCAGCUACAUACGUUAUGAUGACAUUGGAGGACACAGACAGCGGUCCAACACAGCGCAAUGGCUCGACAAAAAGGAGCAAGCACUAAAAAAGGCAUCUAAAAUAAAAGUGAUAAAAUGGGACGACUCAUCCACCGAACUAACAGAAGAGCAAAUCGCGGACAAUUUCACCAAAAUGGAAAUCAGAAAGCCUAAACAGAAGUCGAUGCUAACCGAGCUAUUGGAGAAGUGCCCCGAUCUACCUCAUAUGCAGUAUUUGGAGUACGCCAAGUUCGAUGGCACGGCGCAGUUGGGGCUGCAGACUAAAAUGUUUAAGAUUUUUAUGAAGAUUUCGGAGAAGUACCAUAACUAUCCGUUGGUUGUGUGCGUGAUUGCUACGGCUAGGAUUAAGGAUCUGAUUGGAUUCACGUGCUACAAGUACAGCAUCGAGCACCCAGACAUAUCCCUGGGCAACAUAAACGAGUACGGGCUCUGUAUAGCGGAGGACGACGGCGAUGUCGACCUGGCCUUCCCCUGCCUCGACGCGCUGGAGCCCUGCUCCAAGUUCGGCUUCACCUGCCUCGGGCUCAUCGAGCUCAACAAGAGGGGGGACGACAACAUCACCAGCUCGCUGCCCGACCACGCCACCAGUUUCCAGGGGUUCAUGUUUCCUAAGGUGAACGAUUCUGGACAAAGUCAUCAGAAUCCUUCGAGACACAACACAGGUGGCAGCGCUACUUCUGAGGCGGUCAAAAAUGCUCUGGAGGCGGUCAAUGAAGGUCUCAAAAAAGCGGACAACGAUCUAGAUAAGCUACACUCUCACGCCAUGGCGACUUCGGCCCCGCAAUACAAGGCGUACAGGGUGCAUAUGCUGCGCCGAGUCAGGGCUAACACGCUCAUACAACUCGGCGUGUCAAUCGACCGCGUUGAAGUCGAGCCGCUAGCUAACAGCAAGCACACGCACUGGCUAAAACCAAAAUACUUCAUGCACAGUAUCGACUCCAUAGCCUGGUGUCAGAUAAUGGAGGCGAAAGGGAACAAGUGCGUAUUCCGGAUAGUGUAUACAGACGAGCAGAAACAGUCCACUUUCGACCGUAGUACAAGUUUCUUCCACUCCAACACCAAUUACAAGUACCACGACUUCGAGUGCGACCAUCAAACGGCUAAGGAGAUCGUCGAGAAGGUCAACACGAUCCUCGAGUUCCGGAACAGCCCCUGCCGUAGAGAGUACAAGACGGCCAAGGAGAAAAAACAGCAGACCCGGAGGAGCUUCCACUCGAAACAUCUGACUAGCAGCUAACUUAGCUUAACUUUUAAGGCCACGGUGUAUAUAGCAGCAUAGAUUAAAUAUCAGAUCAUACUAUCCCAUACAUUAAAAUGCGACCGCCUAAGAACGCGCAUACACCACACA